AGUAAACCUCAGUCACCUCUCGCUCUGCCAACUGCAAACCCAUUCAAUCCCCGAGUCGGAUGCCCCCGGUCGAAUGACAGCAUGUUUCUUGCGCGUCUCGGCUGAGGAGCUAAUGGAAUGUCCACCACUACGACCACUCCCGGCCACGUGCCACCGAACGGGGGAGGGCCGGACAGCAACCCCCUGGACGCUGUGGACUACGACCCGAUCGAGCACCUCAACGCCAUCUUCUCCCACCCGUCUGCCCUGUCGUCGAUCUCGCCGGUCUCGCACGCGCUCCGUGCCUACGAGGAGGAACUGGACAAUGAGAUCGGAUCUCUCGUGGAGGAGCAAGUCACCUCGAAUGCGGAGAGCGUGGAGCGCAUCCAGGCCGCCAAGGCCGACUUGAGCGAGCUGUUCAAGAAGAUCGACGAGGUGCGCGAGCACGCGGUGCGGACGGAACACUCGAUCACGGAGAUGACGGCCGACAUCAAACAGCUGGACAAUGCAAAGAAAAACCUGACGCUCUCCAUGACCGCUCUGAAGCGGCUCCAGAUGUUGACGACCGCGUACGAGCAGCUUCGCGCGCUCGGCAAAACGCGCCAGUACCGCGACUGCGCCCAACUGCUUCAGGCCGUCAUCCAGCUCAUGGCCAACUUCAAGUCGUACCGGUCCAUCGACCAGAUCGCCGCCCUCGGCCGAAACGUCGCCGACAUCCAGCGCGAGCUUCUGGAGCAGGUCUGCGAGGAUUUUGAGCUAGCCUUUGCCAAGGGCGAGGUCGCUCUGAGGAGACCUGUCCUAGCCGAGGGCUGUCUGGUCAUGGACGCCCUGGGCGACCAUGCUCGGUCGCGGCUGGUGACCUGGUAUUGCAACUCGGAACUCCGCGAGUACCGACAGAUCUUCCGGGGCAACGAGGAGGCGGGUUCUCUGGACAAUAUCUCGAGGCGGUAUUCGUGGUUUCGACGGAUCUUGAAAACGUACGACGAAGAGUACGCGGGGAUUUUCCCCGCAUCUUGGAGAGUGAACGAGAUCUUGGCCAACGUGUUUUGUGAAGGCACCCGGGAAGACUUCAAGGGGAUUCUUGCCCGGUCAGUGCGGAGUGGGCAGACGCUUGACGUCAACCUAUUGCUGGCAUGUUUGCAGGAAACGCUGGAUUUCGAGCACUCGCUCGAAAGGCGCUUUACCAGCCCAUCGCGCCCAUCGACGGACACGUUCACCUCUGGUGAGGCCCCUGUCUUCAGCCAGGCCAUCUCCGAGGCCUUUGAACCGUAUCUGAGCGUAUGGGUGGAGGCACAGGACAAGCAGCUCGCUGGUUUGAUCCCCCGGUAUCAACAGCAGCCACUGAAACCCCCGGAUGAGGAGUUCAAUUCCCACAUCGUGAUUUCGUCGUCCACCGAACUCUUCACCUUCUAUCGGCACUCGUUGCAACAGUGUGCCAAGCUCUCCACGGGAGGCAGUCUCGGAGAGCUAGCAACCGUUUUUGCCAAAUACCUCGAUCAGUACGCACAGCAGGUUCUACUGUACUACAUUAGCGAGCGGCCCACGGGACAUACCCCAUCGAAAGUGCCAUCGCUGGAAGACCUUAUCCUGGUGCUCAACACGUCAGAUUACUGCUACACGACCUGCAGCCAGUUGGAGGAAAAGAUCAAGGAGAGAAUUGAUGAGGGGCUCAAACAGACCGUCGAUCUGCAAAGUCAAGCGGAUUCUUUCAUGGGGAUUGCAUCUGCGGCCGUCCGCGGCCUUGUUCGCAUAAUGGAAGGUGAAUUAGAGCCCUGCUGGCGAGAGAUGCGGAACACGCCCUGGAACAGGCUUGAGGCCGUCAGCGAUCAAAGCACCUAUGUAGCGGAACUACUCUCCAAGACAAAGACCAAGGCCCAGGAAAUCCUGGAACUCCUUCACAAGCAGCAAUACGCCCGCGCGUUUGUGGACAAUCUUGUCGAGAUGAUAGCCAAUAUGUUUAUCAGCAACAUAUUCAGCUGCAGGCCUGUCUCAGAGACAGGCGCAGAACAGAUGCUUCUGGACUCCUACACCCUCAAGUCCGGACUAUCAUCUCUACUACCUGCCCCGGCUCCCACCGGGUUCGUCAAGCGGGUCAACUCUAGCUUUGCUAAGAUCGAAACACUGCUCAAGACACUUCAAGUACGGCCGUCUCCCCCCGAGGCUCUGGUGCAGGCGUAUUUAGUCCACAUCGCGGACCGCAACAACGCCAACUUCCGCAAGGUUCUCGAUCUCAAGGGCAUCCGCAGCCGACAAGAGCAGAACCAACUCAUCGAGCUGUUUCAGGUACACCGUGCGUCAGAACGCUACGCUCCGAAUCUGCAGCAGAGCAACCCCAUUCUCGCUGCGCUGCAGCAACCCGUGGCGACCACCGCCGCCUCAAGCAGCGUCUCGCAGGGACUAGGUGGCCUCAGUAACGCCGCGGCCUCCAUCAGCACGUCGAACUUGCCCACGCGAUUCGACCCAUCCAUUCUCGGCUCGGCCAUCAUCUCUGCAGCCAAGGACGGCGUCGACCGCUUUGGCAACCCCAGUCUCGGCAGCGCCCUGUCCGCCACCACCGCCAUCCCUUCACCUGGUAAUGUAGGAUCGAUGGCUCCCUCGCCCGGUGCGUCGUCGCCAGCUCUGUCGCCGCUUGCCCCGGGCCCCACGAUCAACACCACCGCGACAGGCGAGACUAGUGCCGCGGCCAACUUGAACGAGAAUCUCAAGAACAUCGGCAAGUUCUUCCGCCGUGAUCUAGGCUUUGGAGGGCGGUUCGGACGGGGCGAUGAUGGAGUCGAUCAGAAGUGAAUACUGUAGUAUAUAUAGUGCUGUAGUUACGUUUAUCCACUUUAUUCCUUAAAUUCAGCACCUUUAUAUGUAUACUACUAUUCAAU